CCAGAAAAAAACAGAGCAUGUAUAAAUGAGAGGUUUGCUCAACCAUCUGGCAUUUGGAGACGCACAGCACUGGGUGCUGCUUCUUUCAUCGGACGUCCUAACUCCUCACAUUGAUUCCGUAUACGUCUGUGCUGCUCAGCUUACCACGCCUCAACUCACCAGAUACCCAAAUACGUACCCACCUCUCGCUCCCCCCUUCACUCUUUGCCUAUGAGACUCCCCUUCCCAAAUAUUCACUCCCACUGCACUUCUUCUCAAAUACUUCCCUCUAUCCCAUGCUCUUCGCCGCUCUUCAAGCUCGCCCCCCGCCGUCCUCCCCUGGGGGUCCGCAUGGACUCAUCCACCGGACCCACUUCUUCUUCUUCUACCUCUGUUCAUCAUUAUCAUCGCCGCCAGAAAGACAAGAUCGUCGUCAUCAUGGGAGCCACUGGUUGUGGUAAAACAAAACUCUCCAUUGAUCUCGGCACAAGUUUUCAGUCCGAAAUCAUCAACUCCGAUAAAAUGCAAGUAUACAGAGGACUCGAUAUAACCACCAAUAAAAUCCCGAUUCACGAUCGUCUUGGCGUUGUCCACCAUUUGCUCGGCGUCUUCGACCCGGAAGACGGCGAGGUGGGUCCUUCCGAGUUCCGUUUAACGGCUGGGUUGGCUAUCUCCGAUAUUGUUUCGAGACAAAAGCUGCCCCUAAUCGUAGGUGGCUCCAACUCAUUUAUUCAUGCUCUGGUGGUUGACCGUUUUAAUCCGGAAUUAGAUGUUUUUGGUGGGGCAUCGGUGUCGACCCAGUUGAGGUACAAGUGCUGUUUCAUAUGGGUGGAUGUGUCAUUACCUCUGCUCUGCGAUUACUUAUGCAAGCGAGUGGACGAAAUGCUGGACUUGGGGAUGUUUGAGGAAUUACUGGAGCACUUCAGAAGGAAAGACCCGGCGAAUCAACCCGGUUUGAGGAAAGCAAUCGGCGUGCCAGAGUUUGACCGAUAUUUUAAGAAUCACCCACCGGGGACAGAAGGAAGGGAGUGGGGUGAGGUACGGCGAGGAGCAUACGAGGAAGCAGUAAGAGAGAUAAAAGAGAACACGUGUCAACUGGCGAAAAGACAGAUAGGGAAGAUCAUGAGAUUAAAAGGGACAGGGUGGGACCUACAGAGAGUGGACGCGACGGAGGCCUUCAUGGAGGCAAUGAAGGUGAGAACGGCGUCGUCAAAUAUCGAAAAGAAUAAGAAGAGGUGGAUGGAGGUUUGGGAGAGAGAUGUGUUGGAGCCAAGCAUGAAGAUUGUGAACCGCUUCUUGGAGGAGUAGGUUUUCCAUUCAGUUUGCUCAUUUUAAAAUUUUCUUCUCUCUCUCUCUCUCUCUUUUUUUUUUUGUUUUUUCCUAGAAAAAGUAACAAGAAAAUUUUGCAGCAUUAGGACACCUCUGCAUUCUGCAGUCUAUAAGAGGAUUUCAAUUCAAUCCUUUUUCUUCCUUUCUUCUUUUUCUUUUGACCCAAAUGGGUUGGUUCUUAAUUUUAAGACAAAAUAUAGGAGGCAGGAUUUGUGAAAUUUGGAGAGACACAGAGAAAGUGUGGUGUUUAUGAAUGUUUAAUAGCUAACAGUCAGAAACAGAGUGGUUUUUGUCUGGUGUUAUUUUUAUGUAUAAGAGUUGUGGCAUUGGCAUAUGGUAAACAAAAAGAAGAAAGUUUUCUUGUGCAGCAGGCCUUCUUUUUGUUUCGUGUAAUAAAACAUAAAACACACAAUGGAUCCAAAACAGACCUUUCCCUUUUUGGUGUUUA